ACUUCAUUCCUGUGAGAUAAAAAUAUUAGUCUUGCAGAAAUAAAAAUUUUUUUGAAAGUCCUUCAAAAGAUCCAAAAUGUCUUAUAAAUACUUAAAGAAGGUAAGCGUAUAUUAUAAUAAUCAUACAGGGAUUUCACCAUUUUAGUUGACAAGCCAUUUAAAACCGUUUUAAAUUUCAACACUUCAAUAAAAAUUACCUCAUAUAUGGUGUACCAAAAGUAGCAGAUUAUAAAUAUAAAAGACUAAUUUUCUUAUAUUAAAUUUGUUAACGGUUUUAACUACUUUUAAUGCAUUUUCAGACGACUGGUCUUACAAGACUCAAUGUAGCCAAAAAUCCACAACACACUCUCAGUGUCUUAUAUGGGAAAAUUUUGCGUACUAUACAAAAAAUGCCAGAGGAUGCAUCAUACAGAAAGUAUACUGAAGAAAUCGUUAGUAACAGAGCCAAAAUUGUCCAAGAAGUAUUGAUAUUACAUUAUUAACAAUAAUGUGUUUUAACAAUUACUGUUAUUUGACUAACUGAUACUUAUCAUUCUUAUAGUGCCAAACUGUAGAAGAUAUUGAAAAAAAAAUCAAUUGUGGACAAGCUGAAGAGUUGAUUGUACAAGCGGAAAAUGAAUUGAUCCUAACUAGAAAAAUGCUAUCUUUCAAACCAUGGGAGUCCAUAAUUGUGAGGCCAAAUGCAGACCAAUGGACUUGGCCACCAGGAAAAUAAAUAAUUUGUGUAAAUAAUAUGAAAUAGUUUUAUUUGAAUUUGUUAGAUAAUAAUAAUAAAAAAAAAAAAAA